UUGACAGGUGAUGAGUUGUUUCCACUUUCCACUCUCUUCACACAAUCACACAUACAAAUCUGCCCCUGUCUCUGCCCUCUGCCUCGCUGUUCUUAACCGCAUCUCUCUCUCUCUCUCUCUCUCUCUCUCUCUCUCUCUCUCUCUCUCUCUCUCCACUUUUCCGACAACCUUUUUCCGGCCACUAUCCCCCCUCCGGUCAACAGUCUCAAAACUUUUUCAAGGUUGUGUAUUGUUUUGCAUGGUAGCUAAUGUAUGCGCCACAGCUCUUGAGAGUCCUUCAUACAUUUCCGUCGAAUGAGAAUAAUGAAAUCUGAUGAACUGAAGGAAGCUAUGAAAGAGAGCCCUAAAAGGUAUACAAACCCUUUCUUAUCGGACGAAGAGAAUGAAAAAGUCAAUUUCUGGAAUGAUCAAGAACUUGAACAUUCCCAUAUAAAGGAUGGUUUGAUCAAUAAUUGUGAAGGCGACAAGUUUAGAAAUUCUCUAGCACCAUGUAAUGUUCCUUCAGAAUUUUGCGUGAAAGAAACAGAACUUUACACUGAUAAAAAUGUGAUGGAAUGUGAAUUGCCCGAGUUGUUAGUAUGUUACAAAGAGGGUGUGUUUCAUGUUAAAGAUAUAUGUAUGGAUGAGGGAAUACCUGACGGAGAAAGUGUUAUGUUUGAUGAGAACAAUAAUGAGAUUCUGAAGCAUGAACGGUUGAUAUUUUCACCCACGGAAGAUUAUUACAUGGAAUCUAAAUUAUGUUCUGGAACCAAUGGGAAAAUUGAUAGGGAUUUGCCUAUCGUGGAACCUACUUAUGAUUGUAUGAAUUUUGAAGGCAUUCAGGAUAAAUUGAUUGAAAAGAAUUCUGAUGUAUUCUCUGAGACAAAAAUUGAUGCUGAUUUAACUGUGCCGUUGCCUGUCAGUGAUCAACGUAAUAUGAUUACUGACACGGAUAUUCAAAAUGAAGAUUUGCAGAAUUCAAUACCAGACAAAGAUUAUGAAGAUAGUGAUUUGAUCGCUGCUGGGCGUAUCAACGACUGUGGUAAUGCGAAGAACAUAAGUACUGAUAUGGAUUUUCAAAAUCAUAAUUUAAAUUUAAUACCAGUAAAAGAUUAUGAAGAUGCUGCUGCCAAGGAAUGUGGGAUUAGUGAAGAAGUUAGUGAUUCUGUAGUUCCAAACGAGUUAAAAAAUAUGUCUAAAGAUGACAGUGACAAUGAGGAUGGAACUUCCACAUGUGCACCUGAAAAGUUAAAUUUUUCACCAGAAUCUGAUGCUCCCCCAAAGGCCGCUGAAAGUCAUGGUCCAGACGUUAAAUCAAGUGGUGAUUUAUUGGAUAAUGCCUCUACAGAGCAAGUUGUUUCCAAUAGCGUCUACUUGCAACAGGAGCGACCACUACCUUCCCUUAAAUCCCUCCUUGAGGCCAUUCGUCAACAGUCUCGUCAGAGUCCCACAGAAGAAAUCUGUAAGAGUACCAAUAUAUCAAAUGACAUCACAAUGGAUGACGGAAACAAAUGUUUGGAUCUUAUCGAUGGUAAACCAGAAUUGAGCAGUAGUUUCCAUAAGGUUGAGAAUCUUGAAUGUGUUAAUGGACAUUCCAGAGAGUCAGAUGGUGCACCUAAGCUCCAUGAUCUGGAUUCAGAUAAUGCUGCAUUGGUUAACCUGGUGCACCAUGGUCAAGGAGAGUCGAGUUUUUCUGUUGCUGGUCCUGUGUCAGGACUAAUAACUUACUCUGGGCCUAUAGCGCAUUCCGGAAACAUCUCUCAUCGAUCAGAUAGCAGCACAACUAGCACGCGAUCCUUUGCCUUUCCAAUAUUGCCGAAUGAAUGGAACAGCAGUCCUGUAAGAAUGGCAAAAGCUGAUAGGAGGCGUCUACGAAAGUCUCGUGGAUGGAGGCACGGGCUUCUAUGCUGUAGAUUCUGAAUUGAUGUGUCUUUGUUAAUUUAUAGGAUGUCAUAUACAUACAAAUCAAAGAAUUUACAGUAGUAUGGGAUAUAUUCACAAAGCAGACUUGUUUUUUUAGCUAAAGUUUGAGCCGGGGUUGCGAUUGAGGUUGAAGUAUGGCUUUUUUAUAUUGUUUUCUCGCUCAUUUUCAUUACUAACAUUAUCAUUUGAUUUAUUGGGGAGUACUUUUUCUAUAUA